AAGAAAAAGAAAUGCCGGCCGACAAAUAAAAAAAAGCAAAGGGCAAAGCAAAACAGUUUAGAAAAUAAAAUACUAAAAAGAAAAAAAAAAGGAAGGAAGAAAUAGAAAGGACUCCUGAGGUAGCUUUAUUAUACUAUUUCCCCCAGGCGAUUGUGUCCUCCUCCUCGGCUCCUCCUACCAUUCUUCACUUGUCGCUAUUAGUCAACACGAUUCCCUUCGCCGAUCGGCUACCUCCGGCGACGCUCUCGUACUCUGGUUUUUAUACCACUUGAGAGCUUCCUUCUCUUUUACAGACGUGUUGGUGGUUAGAAGGUCUAUGUAUGAUAUCUAUCAUACAGCUUGAAUGGACUGCAACAUGAGAUCUCCGUUUCUGUGGGACUUGGAGAAUUUGAUCUUGCCCAACUCGUCAAAGACUGAAAAUGACAAAGACCAGCUCACAACAGCUACCGAGUGGGAAACUGACAAGGGUGAAGGAAUCGAAUCUAUGUUUCCCUGUCUCUGGGACACUCCUGUAUCCAAAAGCUCACAGUCCACCUCCACCAACUCAUCUUCUCCCGGAGUCAAACAACGCAUGCUUGCAUCAGAAAGUUCCCGUGGAGAUUCUUGCUGCAACAUAGAUCUUGUCCAGGUGAAGGCAUCUGUUGCCUCUGCUGAAUCAGACCUCUCUUUGAAACUAGGAAAGCGCACAUACUCCGAAGAAUUUUGGGGUGGAAACAACAAUAAUGACAUUUCCUUGACUCCUCCGGUUGUUACUCGAAAGAAAUCCAAAUCAUCAUGUGGUCAGAGCAUGCAAGUCCCGCGUUGUCAAAUUGAUGGCUGUGAACUUGAUCUCUCAUCUGCUAAGGAUUAUCAUCGCAAGCAUAGAGUCUGCGAGAACCAUUCUAAGUGCCCCAAAGUUAGUGUGAAUGGCAUUGAACGUCGGUUCUGCCAACAGUGUAGCAGGUUCCAUGCUGUGUCUGAAUUUGAUGAGACGAAACGAAGCUGCCGCAAACGUCUUUCUCAUCAUAAUGCGAGGCGUCGCAAGCCGCAAGGAGUAUUUCCAUUUAAUCCAGAUAGGGUGUACGAUCGAAGACAGCAUACAAAUAUGUUGUGGAAUGGUUUGUCUCUAGAUACAAGAUCUGAAGAAAAGUUUGCAUGGGAAACCACCAAUGAUAUAAAGCCUACACAGACGGAGAGCGGCUUUACUCUGAGCUUCCAGAGAGGUAAUGGCUCUGAGCAGCAGCUGUUUGCUUGUAGCAACCACUCUUACUCUGCUUAUCAAACCUCAGGCGGGUUCUCAGCAGGGAAGCCUAAGUUUCAACUUCAUGGCCAAGGUGUGGGAGAGUACUCGGGAGUCCUCCAUGAAUCACGAGAAUUCCACCGUGCUCUCUCUCUUCUGUCAACUUCUUCUGAUCACCUGGUCCAACCACAUGCACAGCCACUUUCUCUACUCUUUUCAUAUGAUGGUGUACCAAAAUAGAUGAGUAAGUAGUGUCAACUUUGUAAAACCAGCUUAGCUUGGAUACUAAUCAAAACCAAUCAGAACAACUUCAUACUGUCUGCAUUUGUAUGGCGACUUGGGCUGCUUUCUUAUUUGUAUCCUUGUUUGGUUACCAGUUGUCAACAAAACACUAAACAUUGAAUAUAUGGCAAAGAAUCUGUGUGUACU